UCAAAGUGAAUGGUUAAGACUAUUGAAUGGAAGUGAAUGCAUUGUCUACUCAUCAACCAGGCAAGACACAUCUCUGCUUGGAUGGAGUCUGGGGACCAGCAUUGUACGUCUUUGCUCAUCUCUAUUUGGAUGGAGUAAAGAGACCGGCAUUGUAUUUCUUUAGCUGUCUCAUUCAGCUUUAGUUUCCAACAGUGUGCAUAUGGAAAUUCAAUUUUAACUCCUUUUCUUGCCUUUUUUAUGGCCUUUGGUUUUUAGUAGCCACAGAUAGCUCUGAUCCGCAUUCCAAUUAUUCAAUCUUUGGUCUUUUGGACAAACGUCAUCAGACACAAAUGGGUAUAGGAAACAUUAGUAAAAUUGUAUUUGUUUCAUUCCUAUUGCUUAUGUUCAACUUUAUUCUAGCUCAUUGUUGCACUGCAAUGGACACUUUAAGUCAAACUCAAAACCUUUCAGUAGGAGAGACUCUUGCUUCUGCUGGCCAAUUCUUUGAGUUAGGCUUCUUUAGUUGCGGAAAUUCUGGUAAAUGAAAUGUUGGAAUAUGGUACAAGAACAUAUCUGUGUGGGAAGUUGUAUGGGUAGCAAACAGAGAGAAGCUGCUUACAUUGGCAGACUCCUCUGCAAGUCUAAUGAUUGGUGGUGAUAAAACUCUGGUGCUUGUAGAUGGGAAUCAAAGCAUUAAGUGGUCAACCAACAUAUCUGUCCCUGUAAAUGUUUCUGUUGCAGUACUUCUAGACACAGGAGACUUUGUCCUGAAAAAGGGAAUCCUUGAAGAGAUCUUGUGGGAGAGCAUUAACCAUCCUUGCAACACUUUCCUACCCGGCAAUGAACACUAGAGCUGGAGAGAAACGGUUCUUGUCUUCUUGGCAAACGGAAGAGUUUGUUGUUGGAAUCGCACCACAAACUCCUCUGCAAGCUUUUAUUUGGAAUGUUCCGACACCAUUUUGGAGAAGUGGGUCAUCGGAUGGAUUGAAGUUUGUUGGAAUAUCUUAUAUGAAAUCAACAUAUUUGGAAAGUGGUUUUCGUCUUGCACUGGAGUAUCAGCAGAAUUGGAUGUAUGAUCUGGACAGGAGAUUUUUGGAUAAUCAAGAGUUUUCAUUUGAUGGGGAGGAUCUUUUUCCCCGCCUUGCUAAGCUAGGUAAAGGGAAGAAGCAAGAACAGGAAUCAUUAUCGGCUUCACAGUUGCUUCUGGUAUGGUCUUCUGGCUUGCGAUUAUAUGUGGUUUGUGUUGGUGGAAAGCUAACCAAAGAGGUAAAAGAACUGUCAUCUAUAUACUUCAGUGUUAAGCAGAGGAAAUAAAAGAAAUCAUGAUAUGAAAAAAAAGCAAAAUAAUAUGCCAACUCUAAUCCAAAAGAUGCAUCAAUACUUCUAGUAUAGUUCAUGUAGAAAUCUAGUGUCUGGAAACUAGUCCUCAGUUCAUCCACACACAAAAAAAA